AUGGCAAUGCCAAGGGUACGCCAAAGGAAGACUACGAGAGGUCGGGCUGACUUAUCAACGUACAAACAAGCCUAUGAAGAUGUAAAAGCGGGAUCUUCGUUAAGAACAGCGGCAGAAAAGAAUGGACUAAACCACUGUUCCCUGUUGAGGUACGUACGUAAACGAGAUGCGACUGGUGGCGAUGAAAAUCAAGAAAUGGGAUAUAAGGCUCACAAUCGAGUGUUUAACCAGGAACAAGAGCGUGAGCUAUCUAAAUAUUUAAUUAGAUGUGCAGAUAUAUAUUUUGGCCUAACUAAAAAGGAUGUUAUGAAAUUGGCAUACGAACUAACCGUCAAGUACAACUUAUCACGACCUCGGACUUGGGAUAACAAAGAAAUGGCUGGUGAAGAAUGGUUUCGCAUGUUUAUGAAAAGAAAUCCUGAACUGUCAGUACGUGUAGCUCAGGCUACAAGUCUUUCUAGGGCGACUAGCUUUAAUAGAAGUAACGUAGAUUCUUUCUAUGACAAUUUGGCUACUGUUAUGGAGCGUUAUAAAUUUGAACCACAAAAUAUAUAUAAUGUUGAUGAGACCGGCAUAACUACUGUGCAAAAGCCCGACAGAAUAGUAGCUAGACGGGGUGCUCGUCAAGUAGGUUCAGUGACAUCAGCCGAGAGGGGUACUUUAGUCACAGUAGCCUUUGCGGUGAAUGCCAUCGGAAAUGCUAUUCCGCCAUUCUUUGUCUUUCCGCGAGUGCGAUACCAAGAUCACUUUGUCAGGGAUGGGCCAAUAGGAUCUGCAGGAAGUGCAAAUCCUUCCGGCUGGAUGCAGGAUGAAACAUUUAUUCAUUUUCUGGAACACUUCAAAAAACAUACAAAUCCUUCUUCUUCACAUAAAGUUUUACUUGUGCUUGAUAACCACUAUUCACAUAUUCACAUUAAUGCACUUGAUUUUUGCAAGACGAAUAGCAUUGUGAUGCUAUCUUUCCCACCCCACUGCUCACAUAAACUUCAACCGCUUGAUCAAUCUGUAUUCGGUCCGCUGAAGAAAGCUAUAAAUUCGACCUGUGAUGGAUGGAUGAGAAGUCACCCUGGCAAGACUAUGUCAAUAUAUGACAUCCCAGGGAUUUUAGCUACUGCUAUGCCCCUUGUUCUUACACAAUCAAACAUUGAAGCUGGCUUUCGCGUAACUGGGAUUGUGCCAUUUAAUCGGCAUUUGUUUACUGAACUCGAUUUUGCUCCUGCAUUUGUAACAGAUAGGCCAAAUCCUGUAAACGCAAUCGAGGCAGCUGAUGGCCCUAUUCAGUAUACUAAUACACCUGAAGAUAAAACGCCACCACAAUCACCUUCUAUUUUAACCUGCGAACUACCAGAAGAUUUUUCUAAUGCAGAUCUUUUUGUAGAACAACAGACUACAAACAUUCCACAUACACUACUUUUGUUUUCCCCUGAAAUAGUACGACCACUACCAAAAGCUCCUGCAAGGAAAUUAACAAACAGGGGGCGAAAAACUAGGAAAUCUACAAUCUACACAGAUACGCCCGAAAAGGAAGAGAUAAGAAAAGAACAUGAAAACAGACUGAAACGAACCAAAGCCAAGCAAGUUAAGAAAAGAUUAGAUGGAGGAAGGAUUAAAAGAAAUGCUACAAACAGAAACAAAACACAUGAAUUAUCAUCAUCAGAAGAAGAGGAUUGCUACUGCCUUGUUUGCAUGUCAGCAUAUUCGAAAAGCAGACCGAGGGAAAAAUGGAUCCAAUGCACAAAAUGUAAAAUAUGGGCGCAUGAAGAGUGCACAAAAGGUUAUCUUAGUUAUGUUUGUCACAAUUGUGAUUCCGAAUGA